ACUUCAUUUGUCGUCUGUGGAAGAAGAGAUACAGAAUGUUAAAAAGUAAACAAAGUUCUAAAAUCUAAAGUUGUUUUCUGAUAUUUUAAUUUUUAUUAGUAACUUAUACAAUAAAAAAACUAAUUAAAUAAAAAGAAUUUCCUACAUCACGAUGUCGACUGCUAUGACUUUUGGACAGAAGCAGUUCAUACCGACACCUCCAGAUAAAGGAAGUUUUCCCCUUGAUCAUGAUGGUGUUUGCAAGAAAAGUAUGAUUAAAUACAUGAAUUGUUUAUUCAAUAAUGAUAGUAAUAAUUCCAUGUGUCGUGUUGAAGCGAAGGAUUAUCUAGCUUGCCGCAUGGAACACAACCUAAUGGCCAAGGAAGACUGGUCAAAAUUAGGCUUCAAAGAUGGUGAUUUAGAAAUAAGUGAAAAGAAGAAAUAGGUAACAAUUUUCAUUAGUACUUACAUACUUAGUGUUCAAAAUUUAAGGUGUUUUAAACUGUGUAUAUAAUAGUAACAAUAAAUUACGUAAUUAUUGA